CCUCAGUGCGAGUGGAAGCUGGAAGAGUGAGAAGCGAGUUUGUUGUGCGCUGCUGUAAAGUGUGUGUGUGUAUCAGCAUCUGCUGUGUAGGAACGGCUUGAAAAGGAAGAUGACUUCAUCGUACAGAAGCCUUCACGACGAGUCCGUUUCCCCCAAAGCGAGGUCCACCAGCUGUGUGCUGCUGGCCGUGGUUCUGGCCUGUCUCACCCUUCUGGGGGUUCUGCUCGCGGUCGCUGUUCUGGAGAGACCCCCGCCACCGAAGGACCCGGGGGCGCUUCCUCAGGACGACGGCGGCGGCCGGUCCUCCGUGAACCAGUGCAGUUUGGCCCUUGUGGAGAGCAUUCCCCAACAUGUGAAGUAUAAGGCCAAUGUAACAUUCGGAAUUCCUCUCGGAGAAGUCUGGAAUCAGCUCAUCUCCAUGGCAACGGAGCAGGUGGAGGUGGCGUCUUUUUACUGGACUUUAACGGGCGAGGACAUCAACGUCAACUCUUCCUCUGACAUCCCUGGAAAGGGCAUCCUGGACGCGCUGGGAGAGCUGCCCUCCAGGAACGUGUCCGUCCGAGUGGUGACCAGUGUUCCCAGCGUCAGAACCAACUCCACCGAUCUGAGGGUCUUGAAACAGAAAGGCGUUCGUGUGAGAAAGGUGAACUUCGGCCGCCUCACGAACGGCGUCCUCCACAGCAAGUUCUGGAUCGUCGACCAAAAACACGUGUUUAUUGGAAGUGCCAACAUGGACUGGAGAGCUCUCACACAGGUGAAGGAACUGGGAGUAGUGGUUUACAACUGCUCCAGUCUGGCAACCGACCUCCAGAAGUUCUUUGAGUCGUACUGGGUGAUGGGAACAGCCAACAGCUCUCUGCCGCAUCCGUGGCCGUCAGAGUACGACACCAGCAUCAACAAACAGCACCCCCUGCUGGUGGAGGACGGGAACGUCUCCAGCAGGAUCUACCUCGCAGGAGCCCCACCGUCGUUCUUCCCUCCAUCGAGGACUCAGGAUCUGGAAGCUAUUCUCUCCUCCAUCUCAGAAGCUCAGCACUACGUCGAUGUCGCCGUCAUGGAGUACUUCCCCACCACACGCUUUGUAGAGCAUCAGAGGUACUGGCCCUUCAUCGAUGACGCCAUCAGGGUGGCUGCGUUUGAGAGGAGGGUGAAGGUCCGGAUGCUGAUCAGCUGCGGUCGGGACUCGGAUCCAGCCAUGCUGCCCUUCCUUCGGUCUCUGGCCUCGCUGGACAGCCCCCUCCAUGACAUCAGCAUUCAAAUAAAAUUGUACAUUGUGCCUGUGGGGAACCAGUCUGAUAUUCCGUAUUCCAGAGUGAACCAUAAUAAAUACAUGGUGACUGAUAAAGUAGCCUACAUCGGAACCUCCAACUGGUCGGGGGACUACUUCCUGACCACGGCGGGGGUGGGCCUGGUCAUCUCCCAACAUGCGCCGCACCCUGAAUGGAGCACCAAGGCCCUGCAGAGCCAGCUCAGGGCCGUCUUUGUCCGGGACUGGCUCUCUGAGUUCGCUGUUAACAUCACUGACCUGAAGCACAAUCCAGACUGUGCCCUGACAAGAUGACAGAAACCUCAAUAAUCAACCUUGGUUCUGAUUUUUGUUGCUGAUUUUUUUUUUGUAACAUCAAACGUUAGAUACAACGGUCAUCCUCAGGUAUUUGACUUUAUAAUGUACUUAAUAACUUAAAAUAAAGCUUAACACUUUACCACAAUGCCUUAAUCAAUGCAAAAGCAAAGGUCACCAAGGUUGAGACAUUGAUAUCCAUAUAAAACAGGAAUGAUAAUACGACUGGAGUAAGUGAAGAGAUAUUUAGGUUUUAUAUCCUGAAAAUCAAUAAACUUAAGAUAAACAAG